AGCGAGGUCAGGGGAGGGAGCGUGCCCCUCUGACCCCCACCGCUCGCCAGAGGUUGUGUUUGCCCUGGCUCCAGGGUUAAAGGCCCUGGCUUGUGUCAACAAUCAGACCUCAGUAUGGCCCACUGGCGACCGUGUGUUGCUGGCGCACUGUGACCAAGGCAUCUGGGAACAUGACAACACCACCUGCAACCAGUCUUCAGAUGGUAAGCCGCUGCCUGUGUGUGAUGCGACGAAGAUCCCGACCCCCAACAACACUAACGCUACACUCAACUUGAGUGACUCCCAGCACUUGUAUGCUGUGUACUACCAGUGUGUGGAACCCAUGUCCUGGCUCUCAGGCCAGUCUGGCAGGAUCACACAGUGUAUCAACGGAAACUGGACACCUAUCUUCGAUAUCUGUGAUUAUGGUUGUCCUCUGUGUCGAGACUGUGGUGACAUUGCCAUGAUGGGGUUUACACAGACUGGAGUAUAUAGGGUAGUGCCUAGCGGCAACUACUUUGAUCCUAGCAUUCAGGUGUGGUGUGAUCUGAACAACACACUUGUUGAUGGAGGGAGCGGCUGGACCACCGUGCUAAGGCAGUACGCUAACCAGGCCACCUUCAAUCUGCCACUGAUAAAUUACACGACUCCCAUAGGCAACCCGAACCUCAGCGCUACUGCACAGCCAACCAGCUACUUCAUAGGUAAAAGGGACCAACGAGACCAAUAUCCUAAAAUACACAAGCACGUUAAGAUCAAGCAAGUCAGGUGGUGCUUUAAAGUUAUCAACUUGGGAAGCUUGAAGCUGAUAAGUUAUCAACUUGGGAAGCUUGAAGCUGAUAAGUUAUCAACUUGA